AUGAAGGAGCUCCGAGAAUUAAAACAUUUUCUUGGUCUUGAAGUGGAGCGGACUAAUGAUGGGAUAUUUCUAUGCCAACAAAAAUAUGCCCGUGAUCUUCUAGAAAAAUAUGGAAUGGUCGAUUGCAAGCCUAUGUCAACUCCAGUGGAGGUUAAUGCACGGUUAUGUUCAGUCGAAGACAAAGAUCUAGAAGAUGUAACCAUGUACAGACAAUUGGUGGGAAGUCUUAUCUAUCUCACGUUAAGCAGACCAGAUAUUGUAUAUGCAGUGAGUGUGAUUAGUCGAUUCAUGCAAAAAACCGAUGAAGCGUCACCUAGAGGUAGUACGUCGAAUAUUAAGUCAACUAAUGGUUAUGUGUUCAAUCUGGCGUCUGGAGCAAUCUCUUGGUGUAGUAAGAGACAACCAACAGUGUCACUGUCAAGUACAGAAGCAGAAUAUCGAGCAGCAGUUAUGGCAACACAAGAGUGUGUGUGGUUGGCGCAAUUACUGAAGGAUCUGCAUCAGCCAAUUGAUCGGGGAAUCAAGUUAUGA